CUCCGCUUCGUCUCGUCUCUUCCCCUUCACUUGCCCCCGGCGUCUUCAGAUUUCCUGCAGGUUUUCCUGAAGUCAACUCCAUAGCUGCUACUUACGCCUACAUUAUUGCUCUCGGGCAUACUUGCACUUAUUUAUUGCUACUCUCAUCUAUCGAUCGAAACAACCUGCAUUCAACUCGUACCUUAGCAAAUGACUGCCCACGAAAUGGUUGAAGCUACGACUACCGUGACAAACGGUGCAUCUGUAAAGGCUGUCAAAGCGCAGCAAGUGAUAGAGGAUGAGCCUAUCUUGAGACCAAAUCCAAACCGCUUUGUUCUUUUCCCAAUUCAAUACCAAGAGGUAUGGCAUAUGUACAAGAAAGCCGAAGCGUCCUUCUGGACAGCCGAAGAGGUGGAUCUAUCAAAAGACAAUGUCGACUGGGAGAACCGACUCACCGAUAACGAGCGGUACUUUGUCUCACGAGUGCUGGCGUUCUUUGCUGCUUCUGAUGGCAUAGUCAAUGAAAACUUGGUUGAGCGCUUCUCCAAUGACGUUCAAAUACCCGAAGCAAGAUGUUUCUACGGCUUCCAGAUUAUGAUUGAAAACAUCCAUUCGGAGAUGUAUUCCCUACUCAUCGACACCUACAUCAAGGAUCCAGCAGAAAGGACCUUUUUAUUCGAUGCACUAGAAACUGUCCCCUGCAUCCGCAAGAAGGCCGAUUGGGCUCUGCGAUGGAUCUCCGAUAAGAAGUCGUCGUUCGCUAUCAGGUUGAUCGCUUUCGCUGCCGUUGAGGGUAUCUUCUUCUCGGGUUCUUUUGCUGCUAUUUUCUGGCUCAAGAAGCGUGGUCUCAUGCCGGGAUUAACCUUCUCCAAUGAACUCAUCUCUCGAGACGAGGGCCUGCAUACGGACUUUGCAUGCCUGCUGUACUCUCUCAUCCGUAACAAACCUUCCUUGGAUACCGUCCUACAGCUCAUCACGGAAGCUGUAAAGAUCGAGCAAGAGUUCCUGACAGACGCUUUACCUGUUGCCUUGAUUGGCAUGAACGCAAAGCUUAUGCAGCAGUACAUUGAGUUUGUUGCUGACCGAUUAUUGGUUGCCCUCGGCUACGAGAAACAUUACAACGCUGAAAACCCUUUCGAUUUCAUGGAACUGAUUUCACUUCAAGGGAAGACAAAUUUCUUUGAGAAGAAAGUUGGCGAGUAUCAGAUGGCUGGGGUGAUGCAGAAGAGGGAAAACCAGGAAUUCACAUUGGACGCGGACUUCUGAGGUACAUUGGUUACGUAUAAAUGUAGAUUAUUAACACACUUGAAAGUACGGUCCUGUGCUCCGUAUGUUUGAAAGUUUUGUUUGUAGUAUAAGCUCGAGUUUGGAAUACCAUACAUAUAAUUACAAUUGGAGUGUUUCCUCUAUAUGACACGAUGAUUGACC